AUGGACCCUCAGCCGGUCCACGAAUACCAGCUAAUGGAGCGCCCCGACGUGGGACAGAUAGACUCCGACGGUUCCGGCUCGUCUGAUGACCUUAUAAACCCUCCGUACGUCGUUCGACCAGGUCCCGUCAUCGGCGAACCCUACGAUACCCAAAUGGCUUCAAACCCCAUCAAUUCCUCUCCCCCCCAGGCUCAUCCCGCGCUUAGUUCCUGGGCAACCGCUACCCCGACGCGUCCGCGCGGCGCCAGUGUCGGCACGCCCGCUUUCGAGAAAAUGUCUUCGCCGGUCAUCGACGGCACGCCCCUCGUUGAGCGCGAGCUCCGCAUGCAACAGCGUCCUUCGCACCCUGCCCGGACGCCCUCGAACACAUAUGCCCCGCAGCGACGGCCUCCCCCAUACAUCAGCUUCCAGGACGACCGCCAGCGAUCGUCGUCCAGUAAACGUACCCCGAGGCGGAACCCCGAUGCCCAAUACCGAGCACAGGAGAAGGCGUACGUUCAGCGUAUCCGGGAGGAUCCGCAGGGGUGGUAUAGCAGGUUUGAAGACAAUGGGAUGGGGAUAACCGGUGAUACGUCCGAUCUUGAGGACCCGUCGCCCUCUUCGGAGAUGCCGUUUGAGGAUGACGCCUACGAUCCUGACAUCCAGCUUUUCAUCGCCGAUGACAACCAGCCUUCGGCGGAGGAGCUUAAGAACCCGAAGAACCAGGAACGGCUUGAGUGGCACUCUAUGUUGGCUUCGGUGUUGAAAGGUGAUGUCGUCAAGCAGGAGAAGCAACGUCUGCUUGGCUCCGCGGAACCGAACAGAUCGGCUGCCCAGAACCACGCGAUAUGGCUUGGUGUACGGGCUAGGAUGUGUGGACGGAGCGUGGCUUUGCAACGCAAACUCAUUGAAGACCAAAGAGGCGCUCUUGGUCCGGUAAUUGAGGAUAUCAUCAAAUUCGAAAUCAAAGGUGAAACGGAGAUCGGGAAAACGCCAAUCAAGCAGGUGGAAGACAUUGUCGACCAAAUCGCGAAGUGCGAGUCACUGUACUCAACUCAUAGAGAGCUUGAGAGUGCGCAUCCCCGCGUGGCUUCGGAAGAGUACUGCUCUAGUCGUGAUGCGGUGUUCGCCUGGCAUAACACCACCAUCCUGAUCAAUACGGAACUUGCUAUUCUUCAGAAAUGGGUCGGCAAUGCCGAGCUGGACUUCAGUAAAGCCGGGUUUAAACCUACUAACAGCGAUCUAUCCGAUGAUACAUCCUUCCUCGACCGCAUUAUGAAGGAAGAAGGCCUGAAGACGCUUCAGGGGGAGCAUAACAUGCUGAACGGUAUAGGAGCUGUGAUUCAGAAAGCGAAGAAUACUCUAAUCGAGAACGCUACUUCCUUCGCUAAACGACAUCUACCGCCAUAUAUUGAAGAACUCCUCAUUCUCAUCAAUUUCCCUUCGCGUCUAAUCCAGGAGAUUAUUCGUGUUCGACUUUCCUACGCCAGGAACAUGAAGGACCCGGCACAGCAGUCGCCCAUUUUGGUUGAUCAAAUGAUCACGCAGUUUCAGAUUUUGAUGAGAGCUGCCGUUGACAUCAAGCAACGGUACCUCGAUAUCGCUCGACCGGAGCCGGGCUGGGAUCUCCCCCCAUGCAUUGACGAAGGCUUUGAUACCGUUGUACUCGACGCCUUGAGAUACUACUUCCGAUUACUCAAUUGGAAGCUGCAAGCGAAUAAGAACACAUUCAAAGAGGCUGAAAUUCUGGAGCAGGAAUGGGAUUUCUGUAACGAGAUCGGCCGUCAGCUUGAGAGUGGAGACAUCGAAGUCGCUGAACAGUUCAGUGUAUUGACUGCUCGGGCUAUCCACCGCUUGCUGAUCCACUUUGAGCGUGAACUCCAUGUCCAAGAGGAUGAGGACCCUGCCGAGUUGGAUAAAAGAUUUAAGGGUGUUUUGGAUUCAACCAGAAUUCGACAACGAAAGCUUUAUCGAUUUUCUCGAUUCUUGCGCCAAUUGUUCGAGAAUGCUUCCGAAUAUAACCUUCCGGCCGAUAUCUCAUGGGACUUCUUUGAAUCCCUGUUCGUGUCUGAUCAUUUUUUGAUCAAAUGCAGUACAUCCUCAAGUCAAAAGGGCGUCUAUUACUUUGCGCAUCACGCGCUAUGGGAUCGCCCGGAGGAAAUUGCGGCCAUUCUUGGCACGUCGUUCCGCGAGGAGGAAGUCGGGAAAGAACCUACCCAUGUGCCAUAUGUGCUGGCUGUCCGUCCAGAGAAACCCUUGUCUUGGGCAGGCAAAGAAAUGCAAGUCGAGCUUGUUGAGCAGCCAACUGACCUACGGCUCGGAAAGCUUCGUCUUAUCAUUGAGGGAUCACAGCAGCGCCUGGUCAACGCGAGGGCUGAAUUCAACCAAUUGACUGGCAUUCAACUCGACAUGGCUAUUGAGCAGCGUGCAAACUUAAGCCGUGUUAACGCAGAACUCAACAGGAUCAAAAAGAUAUCAUUCAAGCUCUCCAUGACUAUCAUGGACAGUGUCGCGAUCCUUAGAAGGCAAUUGAAGGAGAAAGGGGUGGAAAACACCGAGCUCAUUCAAGCGUGCUAUGCCUUCGCUACCGAAUUUGGUAAGCGUUCAUCAAACGUUGAUCCUAAUCGACGUGCAAUGAACAGCGCAAGAUUGGCCGAGUUGGCCCUCGACUGGGUGUCGUUUAUCUGUGAUGAUUGUGAUGCUGCUGAUCGGAAGACAUUCAAAUGGGCCGUGAACGCGCUUGAAUUUGCGAUGGCCAUAACGUCCAGCAGACACCUUUUGUCGAUGGACGAUGCACAUUUCGCACGACUGCGCCAGAAGGUUGCAGGGUGUAUGUCUCUUCUCAUAUCUCACUUUGAUAUCAUGGGCGCUCGAUCAUCGCGCGCAGCUCAAGCUGAGAAACAGCGUACGGAUGAGAGCGCACGCUCAUGGAGGACCGGUGCCGGCCGAAUCCUGGCCGACGAGGACGCGAUAAGACUGGUUCGUGAGCAGCGUAUCAUGAGCUUAAAUAACAUUGAGGAUAGUAGAGUGGAAACGGAUGCCAAACGUCAAGCUCUAGGAAGGGUUCUUGAGGGAACUAACGAGGCUGAUAAGUCGCUUGCGGUGUUGUCUUCGUCCGCCACAAACGUCACCCUACGUUGGCAGCAGGGUCAGUACAUCGGAGGUGGUACAUUUGGUUCCGUCUACGCCGCGAUUAACCUGGACAGCAACUACCUCAUGGCGGUCAAGGAGAUUCGUCUGCAAGAUCCGCAACUUAUCCCCAAGAUCUCGCAGCAAAUCCGUGACGAGAUGGGUGUUUUGGAAGUGUUGGAUCAUCCCAACAUUGUCUCAUACCAUGGCAUUGAAGUCCAUCGCGACAAGGUCUACAUCUUCAUGGAAUACUGCUCUGGCGGAUCCCUCGCCAGUUUACUAGAGCACGGCCGUGUCGAAGAUGAGACGGUCAUCAUGGUUUAUGCCCUCCAACUCCUGGAAGGUCUAGCGUACCUCCACUCAUCUGGAAUCGUGCACCGCGACAUCAAGCCUGAGAACAUCCUCCUCGACCAUAACGGUAUCAUCAAGUACGUCGAUUUCGGAGCGGCCAAAAUCAUCGCCCGCCACGGCAAAACCCUCUUGCCCAUGGACGCCCUCGGCAAUGGCGGCUACAAAGACGGCGGUUUGAACGCCAAAGAAGCUCAGCUUGCGGCCAACAACCGCGGCAAGAACCAGAAGACCAUGACCGGAACGCCCAUGUACAUGUCCCCCGAAGUCAUCCGCGGCGACACCAGCAAGCUCGUCCAUCGCCAAGGCGCCGUCGACAUCUGGUCUCUCGGCUGUGUUAUCUUGGAAAUGGCAACGGGCCGUCGCCCAUGGUCUAGCCUGGACAACGAGUGGGCCAUCAUGUACAAUAUUGCGCAGGGGAACCAGCCAGCCCUACCAUCCCAUGACCAGCUCAGCGACUUGGGCAUCGACUUCCUCCGCCGGUGCUUCGAGUGCGAUCCCAUGAGGCGGCCUACGGCGGCGGAACUCCUCCAGCAUGAAUGGAUCGUCUCGAUCCGUCAGCAGGUUGUCAUUGACGCGCCUACCCCAAGCAGCGAGCAUAGCGGCAGCUUCAGCAGUUCGAACUCUGGUAGUCGGCAGGGUUCGACCUUUGCAUAG